AAAAAAUGACUUUUCAAUAUUCCCCACAACUGCUCCAUUUCCAACCCCACAAGUAAUCUUACAACUCCCAAAUCCAUAAACUUUAUAUUAUAAAUAUAUAUUACAAACUACAAAGUUCUUAAUUUUAUCCAUCCAACAAAAAUUGUCAAACCCAAAGUCUUAAAACAAAGCAAAUACAAUACAAUACAACAAGAACAAAACAAAGACCAAACCAAGUGUGACCAAAAGAGCUUCUUUUAGCCUAAAUCAAUGGCAGAUGAUGGGGAAAACAUGACCCCAUUUUGGCUACAAAACACCACCGAUCUCCGGCGUACAGAGAGGCUACGCCACCGGGUGUCGUCUCUCUUCUUUAACGCCGGACUUUUGCUCAUUAUUCUACUGGUAACGGCGGGUUUCUUCUUAGUUUUUAUAGUUCCUUCGACUCUGUCUAUAUUUAAACCAAACAAUGUAAAGAAAAGCUGGGAUUCUGUUAAUGUAAUAUUGGUUCUAGUUGCUGUGAUUUUUGGUUUUCUCAGCAGAAACAAGAAUGAAGAUAAUCAACAAACAACUUCUCCAAUUAACAGAAACCAAAUUCAGAAAUCGAAUCCAUCAACACCAAAUAGUCGAUGGUUUAGUGAAAUUGGAAAUCCGAAUCCAAAUCCAACAACACCACGUACAUGGUUCGAUAAUGGAGACCGGAAUACCUUUAGCAGUAAUGGUGGUGGUGGUGGCGGAUUGAGGAGGAGUGUUAGUUCAUACCCUGAUUUGUGUGAAGUGUCGCCGCGGUGGAUCUCGGCAGAAGAUCAUUGGAGGUUCUACGAUGAUACUCAUGUUGAUAGUUAUCGAUUUUCCGAUCCCGGUCAACUUAAUCGCCGUCGUAGCUGGAGGGAAGUUGAUCCUUCUCUGGAACCUGAAAUUAAAACUAUUUAUGAAGAUCCUUUAGGAUCCAAUAAUGUUCCUAUAUUUACUCCAGCAUCUUCAAUUCCGCCGCCGAUCUCACCGCCGUCACCUCUGUCUUUCCCUCUGCUAGCUCCGGCACCAGUAUAUGAGGAGAAAGUGAAGAGAGCAUCUCAUAGUGUUUCGCGUAAAACGGAGAGAGCAAGCAAGAGGAGGGAAAGGGAAGAUCAUGAACGAGAAGUAAAUAAAGUUAUUAUGGCACCGGCGACGCUUCCUCCACCACCACCACCUCCACCUCCGCCGCCGCAGCCAUUGCCACAAUACGUAGAGCAGAGGAGCAGUAAAAGCGAUCGGAAAAGAGGUGGUGCAAGUGCUACAAAGGAGUUUAUUAACUCUUUAUAUCACAAAAAGAAGAGAAAAAAUAGAUCAAAAAGUGUUGAUAAUUUUGAUGCUCUUCUCCACAAAUCAGAACCUCCUCCACUCCAUUACCAACACCCGGCAUCAGCCACUCCACCACCACCACCACCUCCUCCGCCACCGCCGCCACCUCCUUCUCUGUUUCAAAACUUGUUCACAUCCAAAAAAGGCAGAAAAAAGAGAAAUGCACCUCCACCACCACCACCACCUCCUCCGCCAGUCAAGGCGGUGCCGGUCAGGAUAUCUAGACCAAAUACCCAAAAUACCCCAAUCACCAAAACUCCAACACCAAAGCCAGUGAAAAUAAGAAGCUUCGACAGUGUGGAAGAAAACUCAAACAGCGGAGGAGAAUCGCCGUUGAUACCAAUUCCACCACCACCUCCACCACCUCCGUUCUUCAGAAAACACGCCUGGAAAUUCGUAGUACAAGGCGAUUACGUGAGAAUAGACAGCACCGUCAGUUCACGUUCUGGGUCGCCUGAACUUGAAGAUAUAGAUUCAGCCGACAACACCCCGACGGCCGAAUACGUCGGCGCCGGUGAACGGGCAGCGUCACCAUUGUUCUGUCCAAGCCCAGAUGUAAACACAAAAGCAGAAAACUUCAUAUCAAAGUUUAGAGCUGGAUUAAAGCAAGAAAAAAUCAACUCCUUCAACAAAAAUGAUCAAGGACGAAGCUUAUCAAAUCUAGGCCCAGGAGUAGGCCAGAGUUAGAUAAAAAGUUUGAUUCUUUUUCUUACCACAUUGAUUGAUUUGUUGAAGUUUUCAUUUAAACACUUUUGUUCAUGAUUGAGAUUUGAGGUGUUUUUUCAAGUUGUACUACAAUUGCAUGUAGCAAGAGAUUUAGUGCAUGAAUUGCAUUUACUAUAUACAGUUAUUAGUGUACAGAAAAUGGAGAGCUAGUCAGAAAAAAUGAUUGCAGUAGAGAGUUCAUUAUAGGUUGAAUAUUUGUUAAUUUUAUGUUUUUUGUUCAUUAAGUUAUGCAUGAAAUGUGUGAUUUUGAAUAAUCCAUCCAUGAUGAUGUAUUUGAUAAGAGGAAAUAAUAUUCGAUCUUCGAUUGUGGAGAUCUUUGUGUUAAGUGAUAGCUGACUUGAAUUUUCAAAUUAGAUAUUUUUAAAUAGGGUGUUUAUAUAUAUCAACACAUUAUAUGAUAUA